CUCUCUCCGCUCCUGGCAAAGCUUCACUUGAUAGAAAAUGUUGCUGGCGGAGCGAGCGGUCAGCAGGAGUGACCGCCCCACUCCUUCCACCGCCAAGGCGAUGCCCUUGACUUUGAAAACGUGAUCCCGGGACCUUCCGUCACCGCCGACAGGAGAGAGAGAGAGAGAGAGAAACAAAUACAUUCGUACUGAAAAGAAAACGGCAAAACACUGAAUCUUUGUCUUUGGCAUUUCGAAAAGGCGGCAAGAUAUUCCCCCAAAUGCUAUUGAGAGGCGAGCGCUGUCCAUGGUGCUGGAGGUUAAAGGAGUCAAGUCGGUGAGGAGAACUCAAUUAAACUACAGUUCAGCCAUCCUUCUGCUAGAGUCAACAUGAUCGAAGGCAAAUGUCACUCGUUAGCUGCUUUGUGGGGUUAUGUCUGGGGAGUAGCAGUGUUUCUAAGCUUGGUGACAACUAAAGAAAUAGAAGGCUCUCGAUCCCGUGCUCCGGCAAUGUCUCCAUCUGACUUUUUGGACAAAUUGAUGGGACGGACAUCAGGAUAUGAUGCCAGAAUUAGACCCAAUUUUAAAGGCCCUCCUGUUAAUGUCAGCUGCAACAUAUUUAUUAACAGCUUUGGCUCAAUUGCAGAGACAACCAUGGAUUACCGUCUAAACAUCUUCCUGCGCCAGCAGUGGAAUGACCCCAGGCUGGCGUACAGUGAGUACCCCGAUGAUUCUUUAGACUUGGACCCCUCCAUGUUGGAUUCAAUCUGGAAACCAGAUCUCUUCUUUGCAAAUGAGAAAGGAGCCAACUUCCACGAGGUCACAACCGAGAACAAGCUAUUAAGAAUUUUUAAAGAUGGGCUUGUCCUUUAUUCAAUAAGAUUGACUUUAAUUCUGUCAUGCCCAAUGGAUCUGAAGAAUUUCCCGAUGGAUGUUCAAACCUGCAUAAUGCAAUUGGAGAGCUUUGGCUACACAAUGAAUGAUUUAAUCUUCGAGUGGGAUGCAGAUAAACCAGUGCAAACUGCAGAUGGACUAACCUUGCCACAAUUCCUCCUGAAAGAAGAGAAAGAUUUACGCUACUGUACAAAACAUUACAAUACAGGAAAAUUCACAUGUAUUGAAGUAAGGUUUCAUCUUGAGAGACAAAUGGGCUAUUAUUUAAUUCAGAUGUACAUUCCGAGUCUUCUAAUUGUGAUUCUAUCCUGGGUAUCAUUUUGGAUAAACAUGGAUGCAGCCCCUGCUAGAGUAGCCUUAGGAAUCACAACAGUGCUCACCAUGACGACACAAAGCUCUGGAUCUCGUGCUUCAUUGCCUAAGGUGUCCUAUGUCAAGGCCAUCGAUAUCUGGAUGGCCGUCUGUCUGCUGUUUGUGUUCUCUGCCCUCCUGGAGUAUGCAGCUGUGAAUUUUGUGUCAAGACAGCACAAAGAGCUACUCCGACUACGGAAGAGGAAACGGAAGAAUAUUGAGGGGGUGCUUGAUGGAAAUGAAAACAUAGAAACGAUACGACGUAACAAUGGCUUGAGAACCAACGAACCAAUAUACGGGACUUUGGCUCAAAUCUACAGUUCAAAUUUUGGGGAUGAUGAGGUGAGAGAAAGUCGCUUUAGCUUUGCUGCAUAUGGGGUGGGACCUUGCCUACAAACAAAAGAUGGCGUCACCACUAAAGGUGCAAUCAACGCAUCCCAGACUGCCCCAAAAAACCAAGAUGAUAUGAGAAAACUCUUCAUUGACAGAGCCAAGAAGAUCGAUACCGUGGCACGGGCUGGUUUUCCUUUAGCCUUUUUAAUUUUCAAUAUUUUCUAUUGGGUCAUUUACAAAAUCCUCAGACACGAGGACAUACACCAACAGCAAUAGUUUAAGCCUCAAACAGGCAUCAUUAACAACAUGUCAGUAACAGAAGUAACAUUGAAAGAGAUCUUAGUGUAAUAAUGAGGCCACUUUGGGCCAGAAUUCAUCUUUAAUACACUGAGCAGUAAUGUUAAAUGUACUAUGCAAAUUUAAAGAGGAACCCAAAUGAAUAAUAAUAGAUUACUUCUCUAAUGCUUUCUGCAUUUUCACAUCACAGAGAGUACUUGGGAAAGAGAUUUUUUACAUGACUGAGAAUAUGAUAAAGUUAAAUAUUGGCUGAAAUAAAUAUGUUUAUAGUUUUGUUUUCUUGUUUUGAUGUUUUGCCUUGACUGCUUCCAAUUUGAAGAUAGCAAUAACUAAAUUACUGUAGACUUAUCAGGGGGAACUGUUGUGGAAUGCAACAAUUAUCUAGGAGAGAGAGCAAGUAAUUGGAAGUUUACUGUAUGUCUUCCAGCCAGUCUGGUUUCUUCUUUUUAUCCUCCAAACUUUAUUCAAUCUCGGGAUGGGAAAGCAAUUUCUUGGCUGACAAAAUAAGGGACACAUUCACCCAUCCAAUUCCUCUCCUUUGCCUUGUAGCUACACCACUUGGCUGAUGUGGUAGUUUGUUCUUAUAAUCAAGUCUUGUUUAAAAACAGAAAGUGCUGGAGUAACUCAGCAUGUCUGAUGACUGGGUGGCACAGUGGCUCGGUGGUUA